AUGAUGGAUAGUGAUGAGGAAGAUGUGAAAAAGAAACCGUUUCCUUCGUUGUUUCUUUUUUUGCUGAAGCCGUGUUCGAUGCAGCUGCAGGCAAAUGGCAUGGCAGACAAAAUGUACAUAUACUUUACAUCUCUCAUAUACAAAGGUACAUCUCAUAGGUCGAACAUCCGCAAUAAAGCGGCUGAUGCCAUCAAGCCUCAUCUGAAUCGCUUUGUGCAGUGUUGA